AGAGAGAACAAGUUCCGGAGUGAGAAGGCAGAAGGGGGGAGAGAGAGAGAGGGUCUUCUCGGCGGUGGAUGGAUGGCGGCGGCGGCGAUGUUUCCCGACGAGGUAUGGGAGUACGUCUUCUCUUUUGUAGAGGGCGAUGUGGACCGGAACGCGAUCUCGCUGGUUUGUCGCGGAUGGUACGGGAUCGAACGGCGUUGCCGGCGGAGGAUCUUCGUCGGAAACUGCUACGCUGUUUCGCCGGAGAUGGUGUUUCGUCGGUUUCCGGAGGUGAGGGCCGUGAGCAUCAAGGGGAAGCCUCACUUCGCUGAUUUUAACCUCGUGCCGAGUGGCUGGGGCGGUGGGGCGGGUUUGUGGGUUGAGGCUUUGGUGGAGGCGUGCCCGCAGCUGGAGGAGCUUCGGCUCAAGAGAAUGGUGGUUGCUGAUGACUGCCUCGAGCUCAUUGGGAGGUAUUUUCGCAACUUUAAGGUGUUGUCACUUACUUCGUGCGAAGGAUUCAGCACCGCCGGACUGGCAUCGGUUGCCAGAAAUUGCAGAAAUUUGAGGGAGUUGGACCUGCAGGAGAAUGCCAUAGCAGAUAACUGCAGUAACUGGCUAAGCCAUUUCCCCGAAUCUUUUACUUCUUUGACAUCUCUUAACAUUUCAUGCCUCGAUGGAGAUGUUAAUUUGUUAGUCCUCGAACGGCUUGUAAGUAGAUGCUCUAAUCUCAAGACCCUCAGGCUCAAUAACAUGGUCCCUCUCGAUCGGCUUGUCAGCAUUCUUGUCAAGGUCCCACAGCUGGUUGACCUCGGAACGGGUAGGUUUUCAGCGGAUUCUCGUCCAGACCUUCUCACCAAGCUCGAAUCUUUAUUUGCGGGGUGCAAAAAUCUGAAAAGCCUAUCUGGAUUGUACGAAGCUGUUCCGGCGUACCUUCCAACGAUCUUCUCAGUUUGUGAUGGACUUAGCUCACUGAAUUUGAGCUAUGCCACAAUGCCAAGUGCGGAACUUGCAAAGCUAAUUACUCGUUGUAAAAAUCUGGAGCGCCUAUGGGUCAUGGAUUUGAUAGAAGAUGUUGGCCUGGAAGCAGUGGCAUCAUCUUGCAAGCUUCUUAAGGAGCUUCGAGUUUUCCCAUUUGAUCCAUAUGGUGCUGAACACUACUCACUCACCGAGCGUGGGCUCAUGAGCGUGUCUGCAGGUUGCCCGAUGCUUCGCUCCGUGCUCUACUUUUGUCAACAGAUGACAAACGUUGCUCUUAUCACUGUUGCCAUGAACAGUCCCAAUUUGACGAGUUUUCGCCUCUGCAUCAUGGACCCGCAUACUCCGGACUACUUGACUCGGCAACCACUCGACGCUGGCUUCAGCGCCAUCGUCGAAGCAUGCAAGGACCUCCGCCGUUUGUCUGUAUCUGGACGUCUCACCGACCGCGUGUUCAAAUCCAUAGGAGCACAUGCAGAUCGAGUUAAGAUGCUUUCGGUUGCCUUCGCCGGAGAUAGCGAUGCAGGUCUUCAUUAUAUUUUAUCGGGUUGUAAGAGCUUAAAAAAGCUGGAGAUUCGAGACUGUCCAUUUGGCGAUGAGGCUCUUCUGGCAAAUACUGCGAAGCUCGAGACAAUGCGAUCCCUUUGGAUGUCGUCCUGCUCUGUAAGCUUGGGGGCGUGUAGAUUACUGGCGAAGAGGAUGCCGAGGCUUAAUGUGGAGGUUAUCGACGAGCGGCGAGGAGGGCAAAUGGAAUUGAGGCCUGAUGACUGCCCUGUUGAGAAGCUUUAUAUAUAUAGGACAGUCGCUGGUCCGCGAUCCGAUACUCCGAGUUGUGUUUGGACCAUAUAGAGAUACCGAUUACUUGAAAGAAAAACUGGUUACUUGAAAGUAACUUGUUUUGUUGUAAUGGAUGAUUGAUGAAGUUAUGGAAGAGCUGUAUCAAUUUGUUUUUUUAGGUAUCAAAUGUUGUUUAGUAUAUGGUGUAGAGUAGAGCAGCAACUUUUUAAGUGUUGUAAAAUUCAUUAAUGGUAUUACGGGACUU